AUGAAUAUGGAAUGUAGAGAAGGAUCCGAUGUAGAAAAGAAAAAUACAGCCCCCGACUCUGAGCGCGCUUGGCCCCCCGACCGCGCAGGGAGGUGGAGGCCUUCCCGGCGUCCUGAACCUGGGCACCGCGCCCGCGGCACCGGGGCCUUGACGUUAGCCACGGUGGCUGAAAAGGGUGAUAAUGAAAAAAUAGCUGCUCUGGAGACCAAAAUCUGUCAUCAAAUUGUGGAAGCAUUAAGCAAAUCGGAGGCAAAACUUAUGGAAAUCAGUGAAGAUAAAACUAAAAUCAGAAGAUCUCCAAGCAAACCCCUCCCUGAAGUGACUGAUGAGUAUGAAAAUGAUGUGAAAAACAGAUCUGUUUACAUUAAAGGCUUCCCAAUGGAUGCAACCCUUGAUGACAUAAAAGAAUGGCUAGAAGGUAAAGGUCAAAUAUUAAAUAUUCAGAUGAGAAGAACAUUGCACAAAGCAUUUAAGGGAUCAAUAUUUGCUGUAUUUGAUAGCAUUGAAUCUGCUAAGAAGUUUGUACAGACCCCUGGCCAGAAGUACAAAGACACAGAACUGCUAAUACUUUUUAAGGAUGAUUACUUUGCAAAGAAAAAUGAAGAAAGAAAGCAAAAUAAAGUGGAGGCUAAAUUAAGAGCUAAACAAGAACAAGAAGAAAGACAAAAGUUAGCUGAAAAUGCUGAAAUGAAAUCAAUGCAAGAGAAGAUUGGAUGCUUGCUGAAAUUUUCAGGGGACUUAGAUGAUCAGACCUGUAGAGAAGAUUUACACAUCCUUUUCUCAAAUCAUGGUGAAAUAAAAUGGAUAGACUUUGUUAGAGGAGCAAAAGAGGGAAUAAUCCUAUUUAAAGAAAAAGCCAAGGAAGCACUGGAUAGAGCCAAAGAUGCAAAUAAUGGUGACCUACAAUUAAGGAACAAAAAUGUGACUUGGAAAGUACUAGAAGGAGAAGUAGAAAAAGUAGCACUGAAAAAAAUCAUCAAUGACCCACAAGAAUCCCUAAACAAAUGGAAGUCAAAAGGGCGCAAAUUUAAAGGAAAAGGAAAGGGAAAUAAACCUGCCCAGCCUGGAUCUGCAAAAGGAAAAGCACAUUUUCAGGGCAAGAAAACAAAAUUUGACAGUGAUGAUGAAAAGGGUGCAGCUGGACCAAUGAAAAGACCAAGAAAAGGAACAGACAAAGAAGGACCUGCAUCAAAACAACAGAAAACAGAAAGCGUUGCUGGAGACCAGGAGUUUAGUAAACAAAAUUUUUAUUCAUCUUAGGUUUUAAGCUGCUUUUUGUUUUUGGAGGCUUUUAAAAAGAAAAGCAAAUUAGGUCCACUUCAAUAUCCACCUGUAAAGAAAAAAGUUUUACUUGUCUUUUUUUGCUGUUAACUGAGAUUUUUUUUAAAUGUAUAGUUCUGUUUGUGUCCAGAUUGAAAUACCAAAAGGAAUAUUCUUCCUCUAAAUUGCCUUUGUAAUAUGAGAACAUGAUAGUACAAACUUAUAAAUAUAUACUAUAUGAAAACAACAAAAGCAGUUUAUUUUUUCCUUUUUGUGCCCCAAAACAUUUGAGAAGGAAUUUCAACUAGAGUAUUGGGUAGUGAGUAUAGGCCUUUCCCACAUAGAAUUUAUCUAAUCUCUUAGGCUGGCUUUCCAUUUACUCAAUUAGCUUGAUAAUAGUGGAAAUACUUAUUGCAAAGCUUUC